AUGUCAUCCUCGGACGCGGAAGUGGCUUGCUGCGCCAGCCAAGACGACGCGCCACUUCUCCGCCGCGUCGUCGCGCCGUCCCGCUCGCAGUGGGAGUGGAUCACCUCGAUCUGCUGCGCACUGUCCUACGCGUGCACCUACUAUUGGCGCUACCCCGCGUUUGUGCUUCCUCCCGAUGUGCUCGAUGUGCCGGUGCGUGGCGGGUUUACCCUGCGGUCCUGCAUAUCCUUUGCCUUCAUCGGCGGAUUUGCGGCCGCAAAGCUGCCUGCGGCACACUUUGCAUCGUCGCGGCUCUUCUUCCGCCACCGCCGCACGCUUCUCCUCUCCCUGAUCACCUCGUCGAUGCUCAUCGAGGGCGCGGGCCUCGCGGCGCCGCAUCCCGCCGCGAAGCAGCAGCAGCAGCAGCAGCAGCAGCAGCAGCAGCAGCAGCAGCAGCAGCAGCAGCAGCAGCAGCAGCAGUGGCAGCAGCAGCAGUGGCAGCAGCAGGAGGAGGAGGACGAGGAGGAGGACGAGGAGGAGGACGAGCAAGAGGUCGAGGUGGAGGUGGAGACGCAGCAGCAGCAGCAGCAGCAGCCGCAGCAGCAGCAGCAGCAGCAGCAGCAGCAGCAGCAGCAGCAGCAGCAGCAGCAGCAGCAGCAGCAGCAGCAGCAGCAGCAGCAGCAGUGGCAGCAGCAGCAGCAGCGGCAGCAGCAGCGGCAGCAGCAGUGGCAGCAGCAGCAGUGGCAGCAGCAGUGGCAGCAGCAGUGGCAGCAGUGGCAGCAGUGGCAGCAGCAGUGCGCCGGCAGCGCCUUCCUCUCUGCGGGCGUGUCGCCGGCUGCGAUGCCGCUCGCCGUCGGCGCGCGCGCCUUUCUCCGGCGGUGGGCAUGCGGCCUCGCGCCGCUCUGCGUUGCCUACGCCCUCCUCACUGGGGUGCGUUCGCUGCGCGACCUCUUCGCCGACCAGCUCUUCGCCGCCUCGCUCGGCGCCCCCGGCGGCGCGGCGCCCGGCUGGAUCCUCUGGACCGCAGACCUGCCGGGCGCCCUCGUCUCCGCCGCGACUCUCGUCGCCUUUGGUCGUAUCCGCGACUCUCACCGCGCGAUGCAGGCGGUGCCGGCGAUGCUGUCUGUCAUGAUCGCAGCGACCUGCCUCGCCCUCGUCGCGACGGGCGCGUGGCAGCUGGGUCUGCUCGGAGGCGGCUCGUGGCAGCUGCUGCUGGGCACGGGCGUCUUCCUGUGCUACGCGACCAUGGGGACGCCAUUCUACGAGCGGUUGCUCGCCGCGACGCGCACCGAGGGCGCCGACAUCCGCGCUCUUCAUGUCUGCCCGUGGGCGCGGCCUGAUCGGAAUGCGCGUGGCAUCUAG